UGGUUCAGACGCGCACGGCUGCACCGGCUGGUCUCGCGUAUAAAAGCAGCCGCCCGCGGCCCCGACGACGGACGCCGCAGCCCGCAUCGUGCGCAGCACACAGCACAGCAGCAAACAUGGCCUCGGCACCCUGCUCUCCGUCCCCCGCCGCCGCCGUUGCCAGAGGGCCGAGAUCUGCCGCCGUUCCCGGCAACAGCAAGAAGCUGACGUGCCUCUGCUCGCCGACGAACCACCCGGGGUCCUUCCGCUGCAGCCGCCACCGGAACGGGCCGGCCGCGCCGAGCGGCGGCGAGGCGGGGCCGGGGCCCAGGGGCAGGGCGACGAAGGGCCGGUCCGUGCGCGCACUGCUGCUGCAGAGGAUCAGCUGCCCGUCCGACCGCGACCGGCAGCGCCAGCGCCGGCGGAGCAGAGACUUCCAGCCGCGCCCCUCCCGGCUGCGCCUCAUGAACAUGUGACGCCGCCGCCGCCGUGCGCGGCUCGCCUGCUGCGCUACUAGUAGGUUCUCCGGCGAGGGAUGAUCGUGCGCCAAUAUUUCGCGCGCACGCAUCGACACUAGACAGCAAUAAAGAAAAAAAAAGCUAGUGCUGUAUUGGAAUAGUGUGUAAUCGCGAGGAUGACGUGAAGAUUCCUCCAUGUGCACCGUACUCUGUACUCCUUGUUCUUUUAGAGAGGAAUCCAUGGAGUAGCUGAUGAUGUAUCUACUCGCUGUUCUUGGUCUGUGAUUUAGAAUUGAGAUCGCCAUAAUUUUCAUUAAUAUUUUUCAAA